GAAAUCCCCAAACUUAAAUUAAAUUUGACAUAUGACAUUCAAUAAUAGGGAAACCAUCUUUGAAACCAUGGUAUGCGUAAUGUCACCACAGUAACCACAAUACUGUAACCAGUAUGUUGUAGUAAGCUUAUAAAGAAAUGCCUAAGGUCGGUGUGUUUAGUGAGGAAAAGAAGUCCUCUUUCAAUUUUGGAACUGUUCCUGUUUUUAGCGCAUCUAGAACAACUCAACAUAUUUGAGAAUGUUUAGGAAAAUCACGUUGGUAUGUUGGUAAGCACCGGCAAACGUCAAAAUCAGCUGUAUGAGAUGGGAGGUGAAUUUGACGUUUAAUGUUUUAAAUUUUCUUUAUAAACAUUUUGAUUCAUGAAUUUAUAAAUAAUGGUUUCUGUACAUGAUAAAUGGAUUAGAAUUUUUGAUAUACCGGAUAUUAGAAAGCAUAAAAGCGGUUUUACAAUUUACAAAGUAGUUUCUAUGUUAUAUCCAGAGUCAUGUCCCGAUGCUGUUACAAAAGUGACGGUUUGGAAGAGAUACAACGAUUUUAGAAGACUUCAUAGAGAGCUGAAAAGUCUUUAUAAAAAGAUUACUAAAAGCAAAGACUUUCCUAAUUUACCAGCUAAAACAUUAUUAAAACGUUUUGAUGAGGAAACUAUCCAAGAACGUAAACAAAGUAUUUUAAACUUCUUAGACUUCCUAGGAGGGCAUUAUCAGCUGUUUACAUCAAAAGAGUUUGUAAAAUUUCUUGAGUCCAGCCAUACACCUUCAGAACAUUUAAGCAGUAACAUAAUAUCCAUUAGAGCAGAACUUCAAUUACCAGAAGAUCCUGAAGUAUGUGCUGUCCUUUCAGAUGAUGAUAAUACAGUCAGUGACACCGAUUCUGUAUCAACAAUGUGCAGCUUGUCUAACCCACUUCAGGUGGACAUAUUGACAGAGUCAACAAAACCCAAUAAUCACCAUCAGCAUUCAAAACUUCAUAAAUUCAGUUCUACAGCUUCAUUAAAUUCUCAUACUUCCUCAAACAACUCGGAUUUGUCUAAUAUCACUAACAUAUUUGAUAAUAUCAGCUUAUUAGAUGGCCAUAGCUACAACAUACCUCUUAUAAAAAGUUUGGACGACAACAUUCAGUAUAUUCUUGAUGCAUCUGUUCAUAUAAAUUUGGCUGCUGAACUGGAAGAAGAUAGAAAAUUCGAAGAGGCGCAUGUAGCUUAUAAUACAGCUAUUGAUAUUUUAUCCAAACAUGGAAAUGAUGACCCCGUUUAUGAAAGGAAACAACUGGUAAAAUAUAAAAUUAACAAGUAUCGUAUUCGUGCCGAUAAAAUCUACAACAUGCACCUUUCUCCAGAAAUAAAGAGUUUAGAGGUAAUGAACGAAUCCAUCGAAGAAGAUACUAGUAAGAGGCCUUUAUUUGACCUUUAUAAGUUUAAAGUGGUGAAGAUUAUUCAUUCUGGUAUAUUAGUUUUACACUCUGAAUUGCAAAAGUUAUUUUAUGUUAAAGUAAUACACAAAACUACUCAGUUCCUCAACGAAAAUUUGAUAUUGCCUGAAAACGUGCCUUAUAUGGUCAAACUUGAAAGUCAUUAUAACUGUGAAAAUGCUUUAUUUUUAGUAUUAGAAUAUCGUAGUGGUAUGAAAUUAUCAGAAUAUCUUAGACGACAAGGAAAUGAUACAUCCUUUGACAAAGAUGAAGAAUUUAUAACAAAUCAAAUUCAAGAAGAUUCGGAUAACGAUUCAGAAGCAAGUUUUUCAGAUCUCAUUAAUGAUUAUAAUAUUUCUCGAUUGGCAAAUUCGAGUAAUUCAAGCAAAACAAUUUCAAAUAGAGAACAAUCUGAAGAAAGAGAUAGUGACGGCAGCUUUGAAAAAGUGGAUGUUGCUGAUUAUGCAUUACCAGAAGAAGUUUUUGGAGAUAACAAGCCUAUGAAUUCUCCGGAUACGGUGCUUACAGAUCAAAUAUUUCACCACAAGUACACCCGACGAAAAGUUAGCAAUGCGGAUAAAAGGGACUUUAGUAACGAAAGCGUUGCUAGUAACCAAAGAAAAUUAAGUGAGAUUUCUUCUAUUUUUGACUUCGAGAUCUUUUCCAAUAGAUUAGUUGUUCCAGAAAAGAUGGUAGUUAAAUGGGCAGCCCAGUUACUUUUAGCGUUGGAAAAAUUGCACACUCUUGGUGUAAUAUGCAGGGAUCUCCAAUUUAAAAAUGUGUUAAUAGAUGAUAAGGAAGAUAUUCUAUUAACGUACAAGUGCAAUAACAAAGAAUUGGGAGAUUUAUUUUCAUCUAGUAUUAAUCACAAUUUAGCACCAGAGGUAUAUAGUUUCCAUCAAGUAAGGAAUGCUGCAGACUGGUACAGUUUUGGAGCUAUUCUUUAUGAAUUAUUGGUUGGAAUGCCGCUCUCUGAAAUUCACAUGAAUGGUAUAAAUAUGUGUAACUGUCUGAAAAUUCCAAAGUACGUCUCACCUCAAGGAAGAUCAUUACUCAAACAGUUACUUACCUAUGACCCUCAAGAGAGAUUGGGCACUGGUGUUAAUGGCACCGAGAACCUUAAAUCCCACCCUUUCUUCAAAUCUAUUUCUUGGGACGCUUUGAAUUAAUGAUAAGUUUUGCUUAUUUUUUUUAUAACUUGAGCUGUGUUAUGCAUUACAUUAAUCAUACUGAUGUUUUAUAUUCAUUAAUAUUUUUUACUCUGUGACAGUAUAUAUGUUAUUUAAGUUUAUGUUAAAUUUGUCUAAAAAUUUUGCAUAUUAUUCCAUAUUGGAAAAUGCAUUUUCGUCCUUAUUUACCCUAAAAUAAUCACUUCUGUGAUUUUAAUCAAAAAUAAAAAGC